CUUAAAAUAAGGAACAGAAAGAAGUGUUUCGUACACGGGGGGGGGCUGUUGUUUGCAAAUUCUGCGGUGAGAUUGUUGCAGUCAUCUCGACCUUGAUUCAUCGUUGGGUCUGCACGCCUUUCGAAUAGGACGAGUGGAAGCUUAUUUUGGAAAUCCUCUCUGAAGGGGGACAAAUUUCGAGGUAACUUUGCAAAUAUACACCCCAUAUUUAGGGCUAACACGCUCCAUUACACAUGAAGCAUCCUGUCAUCGUCACCCACUGAAUUGAAGCUCGAAUUAUUUGCAUUCAGGUGGUACUUGGCGAGAACUUUCACGGCCGUUGAGUUGUACCCGGAGAUGUCACGGUCGAACUCAGCGACAUAGUCGGAGUGUCACAUGCAGAGGGCACCAACUGUGUGACAGGUGGUUCUCCCGCCGUGGAGUCGUUAUAACGUGUAGCUGAGAACUCGAGGUGAUAGUGGGGGAGAGACACAUCCAUACUGAGUAACGCAAGGUGAAGGCCGACUUCAACCGGACUCGCUCUGGCUUGCUUGGGUAUGCUUCCGUGGACUGAGGAACAGUCAACGUUGGCAGCACACAUCGCUCGGUGGUCACCUUAGCACGGACCGGUACUUUUAACUCUGGAACUCCCCUGAAAGACAGUAUAACUAUACACAAAUUUAGUUACUCGAGCUCACGGCAGAUGUAAUGAAAUUGCAAGAAGUUGCAAUGAAUUUUUGCGGUGCUGUGAUGCCUUUAUUGGUUAUGCUGUUGAGCGGGCUAUCCUUCAGCUGCGACACGGGAAAUUCAACCACUUUCGGUAACCAAACCAUCAUGUCUACUAUGUCCAGGAAUUUUUCACCCCCAAACUCUCGGCUUCAAGACCACACCUCGAAAGGUAGACCGGUGUAUGGAAAUAAAGAACUCGGCAUCAGGGACAUGGAAGAUAAUGCUUCAGCUUUGUUAAAUUCAAACCUCCAUCGGAAAAAUACAGAAGGGGCUGACGUAAAAUCAAAACCUAUUAUUAAUGACUUCGGACCAAGAGCAAUGAAGAGACGGCAUUUGGAAAGAAGCAAGAGGGAGGCUGACCCACCGGCCUUUACAGAGUCAAACCCGGAAUUGGAACCAGCAGCUGAACCAGAGUCAGAACCGACAGCUGAACCAGAAUCAGAACCGACACCAGAAGCAGAAUCAGAACCAACAGCUGACCCGGAGUCAGAACCAAGGGCAGAACCAGAUUCUGAACCAACAGCUGAACCAGAGUCAGAACCAACAACUGAGCCAGGGUCAGAACUGACAUCUGAACCAGAAUCAGAACCAACAGCAGAGCCAGGGUCAGAACCGACAGCUGAACCAGAAUCAGAACCAACACCCGAACCAGAGUCAGAACCGACAGCUGAACCAGAGUCAGAACCGACAGCUGAACCAGAGUCAGAACCGACAGCUGAACCAGAGUCAGAACCGACAGCUGAACCAGAGUCAGAACCGACAGCCGAACCAGAGUCAGAACCGACAGCUGAACCAGAGUCAGAACCGACAGCUGAACCAGAGUCAGAGCCGACAGCUGAACCAGAAUCAGAGCCGACAGCUGAACCAGAAUCAGAGCCGACAGCUGAACCAGAGUCAGAACCGACAGCUGAACCAGAAUCAGAGCCGACAGCUGAACCAGAGUCAGAACCAACUGGCGAACCAGAAUAUCGACCUGAAGGUGAACCGCAAUCACAGCCAACUAACGAGCCAGAAUCGGAACCGAGCGGCAUUCCUGAACCCGAGGCUGAGCCAAGUGCAGAACCUGAAUCCGAGUCCGAACCUGAACCAGUUGGCGAAGACUGGCCGGAACCAGGCCCAGAUUGGAACACCCUUCCCGAACUGAUAGGUGUAGCUUUUACGUGUCACGUAUACAUAUUUGCAAUAUACUUCUCCCUCCUAACACUUUAUGGACUGCAGAUCCUCAUUGCUUUAAUCUUCGAGUUCAAGAAAGGUAACCGCAGCGUAUUGUCCCUGACCUUCAACACACUCCUGUUUCUGCUAGGCAUGACUCGAGCUGUGUCGCUUUUUGCCAACCCAUACGGAUCCUAUCAGAACCUGCCCAUGGUGCUUUCUCGCAUGAUGUGGUCCGUCGGCUUCCCGUGUCUGACAGCAGCAAUGACCACAGUUCUCCUGGUCUUGCUCGACACCACGAGGCUCUCUCUCGGCCCACCAAGAUUCCAGAAGUUUUCCACGGUCUCCAUCUGCUGUGCCGGUCACUUCAUAGCGGUCCUUGGCAGCGAUUUGCUGGUGUCUGCCUUCAUCGAUCUGAAGGUCAUUCUCGUCAUCUGCCAAUUCAUCUACGUCGCUUGGAGUGGCUCGCUGGCCGUCGGAUUUUUCCGGGUGAGCUACAAGAUGAAGAAGAAUUUUGCCUCGACUUUUGCAAAGAAGGGAAUGAGAGGAGGAAAGGAGCAGAAAGCUUCUCCACUGAGGCUGUAUCGGAUGGUUAUCUACUGCGGCCUAGCAGCUCUGGCAAGCUGUGCCACCAACCUAUAUGGAGCCGUGGGCGUCUUUGGUGUGUACUCGGACCUGGAGUUCGUGGAGGCCUGGCCCUGGUGGAUCUUCCAGACCGCCAUGAGGGCGGAAGAGGUAGCCAUGUCGGUCCUGGUGGUCCUGCUGGCCGGCAAGGCGGGCAAGGAUGGCUUCGGCCGGUUUGUGGGACUCCUCUGCCGGUCCACCCGCCCUUGCCUGGCCAGGAUCCGGCGGCUCAGGGCCGGUCAGGUGCGACCGGCGUCUCGCAGCGUGUCCCCUGGGCGCUGGGCGGUGUCAGGCAGCGGUUCCACAGAGAAGAUGAUGCUGAGUGAGGACCGGUCGAUGACCGUUGGGGUGACCAUCGCAAGCGAUGCGGUGCAUGACAUGGAUGGUUCGGCCAAGAAAUUCCCGUACCCAGACGACAAUCUUCCCGUAGUCGCUGAACUGUGAAGAUAUAUGGUUUUGGUUUUCAGAAACAACUAUGGCGGCAAUGAAUGGACAUGGGCAAUCGCUUAUAUUGACGUCAAUAUUCACGUUCAAAAUUCACGAGAAGAAUAUCAACGCCAAUAUCCUAUUGAAAGUUAUGCAUUUAGAUAUGAAUAGUUGACGUCAAUAUUGAUGAUUGCCCAUGUCCCUUCAGGGCCACCGUAAGCCACGAAGUGUAAAACGUUUGGCAUAUUUUCUCCUUGGUUCCAACCGUUAUAUCGGUCCUAUACAUGUAGGGCACCUGCCAUCGCUCAUAAGUUUACCUCAAGAGACCUUUGUCUAAUACAGACUGAUAUGAUCCGAGGAAUCGCCGUUUAAUUAGACCUGCGCGAAAAUACACCACCAACGUGUCUUGAUCUCAUUUUCUUUGGUGGACCGAAGUGCAUCGCGCGUGCGCUCACUCUCACAUUAAUACCCUGGGGAAUUUCAUUUAUUCUCGUGUAGUAAAACAUUAACGUGUGAAGCUCAGAUUUCUAAUUGCUUCCAUUUGAUCCUUGACCAUUUUCCUCAAAUAAAAUUCUAACCGAACGUCGCCUAUAUUAAAUACUUCAAUCUGCGACACAUAAGUACACCUUCAAAAUUCAUUAUAUUUGAAUAAUUCCAAAUAUCACUUUCUUGAAAUUCUUGUAGAGCACCGUUUCAGUGCGCCACAUGUACAUGUACAACGAAUGUUCCUCGUGGAGUACCUCCUAUUGUUUCGGUACCCCACAGGGUACCACAAAUACACUCAUCGGGGCGAGCAGGCC